UAGUUUCGGAUAGCAAGAGCAUUGGGAUAGACAUGGGAUUUAAGCCGGUGUCUGCACUAGGACUGCCGAUUCAUCUAACGCACCUCACGCGGGCUACACAAUUAUAGUAGCCACAUAAACUGACUUCCUGGACAUUUUUUUUUUAAUUAUUAUUAUUUUGUGGACAAAUAUAAACUACACAAUUAAUUAUCUCUAUACAUGCCAAAACUAGGAAACAUUGUGGAGGAAUCUGAGACAUUGUCGCGAAACUUUGAGGUUUUCGCCACAAUAAUUGGCUAUCGAAUGGACCAGCAUCCGAGCGCCCGGAGCUGCAGCACUCGCGGAGCUGCGCCGUCCUGUGAGAGCGUCUCCGGUGAGCACCCCAUGAAUUUGUACAUCCACUCGACCACCGGCACACGCUUCGAGCUCUCCCUUCCCGUAGAAGAGACCGUGGAAGGGCUAAAACGAAGACUUUCUCAAAAACUGAAAGUGCCCAAAGAAAGACUCGCUCUGCUGUACAAAGAAACACGCCUGAGUUCAGGAAAACUUCAAGAUUUGGGUAUAACGGAUGGGAGCAAGUUAACAUUGGUUCCAACAGUUGAAGCAGGCCUAAUGUCUCAAGCAUCAAGACCUGAGCAGUCAGUAAUGCAGGCACUGGAAAGCUUGACGGAAACACAGGUCAGUGACUUCCUGUCUGGCCGGUCUCCUUUAACGCUGGCUCUGCGAGUAGGCGAUCAUAUGAUGUUUGUCCAACUGCAGUUGGCAGCACAGCAGUCGGGUGGUGCACAGUUACAGCAUCGGCAUCUCGUAUCACGUGGGAGUUCAGAGGGCACGACAGGACACUCGCAUGGAGCUUCUAGCUCUGCCUCUGGGUCGGCCAGGGUUUCGCACAACAACCACCACCACCCAAAUCCGCACCCGCACCCUCACCUUCCCAACACAACACUCCCAUCCAACCCAGCGGCCUUCCCACCAUCCUCUAUUCCCUCAGUUCAUCCUAUGUACCCCACCUCUGCCUCAGGGCAGUGUAGCCCUCCACCACACCCCUCACCCCUCCCAGGCAGCUUUCUUCAUGCCCAGCAGCCAUCUUCAGCUUGUCCCACCUCUCCAAGCAAUCCCAGCCCUGCAACUUCCUGUCCAGAGGCUAACUGCCCCACAAAGACACCCAGCAACUGUAACACUCCCUCACGGUCCCGCAAACCUGGUGCUAUUAUUGAAAGUUUUGUGAACCAUGCUCCAGGAGUCUUUUCUGGGACAUUUUCAGGCACUUUACAUCCCAAUUGUCAGGACAGCACCGGGCGUCCCAGACGGGACAUCGGCACCAUCCUUCAAAUCUUGAAUGAUCUCCUGAGUGCCACCCGGCAUUACCAGGGCAUGCCACCAUCGCUCACGCAGCUCCGCUACCAGACCCAGUGCAGCAGCCCCAGCUCCCCAGCACCCUCACCACCUCCCUUACCCCCCAACACCCCUGGUCUAUCUGGCCUGCCCACCAUGAUGCCCUCUGAGACACAGCCUACCCUCCACCCACUGGUGCAGUGCCAGAGCCAGAUCCGCAUGUGCAAGCCUCUUGGUGAUCGGCUGCGUCAGACGGAGAACCGGGCCACGCGCUGCAAGGUGGAACGUCUGCAGCUGCUAAUGCAGCAGAAGCGUCUGCGCAGGAAGGCCCGACGAGACUCCCGUGCCCCAUACCACUGGCUUCCCAACCGCAAGGCUGGACGCAGUAACAGUAACAGCAGUAUGUCCAGUGAGGGCUCCCUGGACCUGGACUUUGAGGACUCGGUGUGGAAGCCUGACGUCAAGGCUGACAUGAAAUCAGAAUUCAUUAUGGCCUGAAGCAGAAGAGAUUUUGCCAUCUACAUUGAGGUUGGCAUAUAGGAUCCGGGUUUACACUUUAGAGAGGAGAAUUUUUGAGGACUCGCCCAAGGCACAUUCAAAAUCUAAUAGGCUUCUCUCCUCAUCUAUCCUGUGACCACAAAGACUUUACACAAAGAAAGUUUUACUGACUUUUACCUUACGUCCUUGAUAGACUACGGUCUUGGAAUAGACUGAAUUUUCGAAUUGUGAUGUUUGGAUUUGGAUUGAACUUAUGAACAGACAAUUUAGACUCAAGACUGUCCAAGAAGUAAACACAAAUGAGCAUAGCAGACAUCAUCGGUGUUGGGAUUUGUUUUUCUCUUUACUUAUUUUCUGUUUCUUUUUUCCCCAAGGGGAACUUAGGUGGAAAUCCAUACAGGCCAACUACAGGCACGAUAAAAAGACAGAAAUCAGAUACUGAUCCUUUUUUCGUUGUUCCAAAUGGGCAUUCAUAGUUUGAGAGUCAUUUAUAAGGGGUUAUCUUUGUUUUUCUUCUCUCCUGUUUUUCUUGAAUCAUGAUGAUUUCUGAAACAAAUAUGUAGCAUUACCUACAAAGCAUUCAGGUUUUAUCUUGUAGAAGAGGAGGGUUCAUUUGCACACACCUGUGGUUUGAAAUAGACAAUGUUAAAACAUAAUCAAGAGAUGGCACAGUGCAUGUUUAGUUUAUACAUAUAAAAAAAAUACAAAAAAAAACUCUCAACAACAGCUCAGUGUAGAGUCAGAGGUGCAAAGUAGGAAACUAAAACAUGAAACAAGACAACAAUAUGCUGAUGUGAAUGAAGAUGCGAUUCAAGGCCUGUAAAGUCAGUUUUUAGGUAUUUAUAAAAACUACAUUUUAUACCUCCAGAAAAAAGUAAACAAAGCAACCAAAUGUAAACAACAGUUACCCAUUAAAGUUUCAGCCAAGCUGUGAAAUAAAUCUGAUAAAGUAAAAAAAAAAACUUAUUUAAUAAUACAAAUACACUGUUCCUCAGUCUAAAUGUGUUUAAAAGAGAGAGUGGUGGGGUGCCAGAGGAAUAGUUUACAAACAUGCAUUAUAAUGGUUCACUGCCAAAGUGGAAUCUCUCUUUUUUUUUUUUUUUUUUAUACAUUUGACUACCACAACCUGCCGUUCAAGCAUUUUAUCCUAUUAUUCGCAAACAGUUACAUACCUACAAAGACUGACUUAAAGGGUUUUGUGGUUUACGUUCCAAACCAGUAUUACACUCUUUCUUCUGUAAAACACAAAAGGCAGAGCCUCAGUCACUAUUCACUUUCAUUGCAUCUUUUUUCCAUUCAGUGAACGUGAAUGGUGACUAAGUCUGUAAGUCCCUAACAGUCUACCUAACAUCUCCUUUUGUGUUUAUGGAAGAAAAAAAGUGAGUAAAUGAUGGCAUUUAAUUUUUUUCUAAUUAGUCAGAACUGACGUUGAACAGGCCUGCGACCAGAGUGUAUCCCCCAGCUUUACAUUCUUAGUAGUGCCACAUGCAUAGAUGCACUGACAUAUUCAAUCAGGCGUUCCACAGACAGACAGUAAUGCUGCUAUAUGGAACAUCUUUUUGCAUGCAAAAGUGUGAAUUAUCCUGAUAAAUUUGUUUUGGUAAAAAAUUAUAACAAUACUGAGAAACUGGUGCUGAAAAGAAAAGAUAUACAAGCAUGAAUUUGUGACAAAUGAAAAAAAAAAUAGACACUUGCCCGUCUGCUCUCCUUAAUUAGAAACGUGAUGUUACAUAUCAGUCGCAAACCAAAACAGGACUGGAAUUCUACUUGGUGUACAUUGGAUCAUUCCUGGACUGUGACAACAAGCUAAGGAACAAUGGAACAUUUUCUACUCCCAACAUACAAGGGAUUCACAGAGCAAACCCAUGCUCCCAUCAACCUGUCCAGAUGUGGACUAACAGGGAUCUUAUGUUAGCAACCAACUUUAGCCCCUAGAGUGACUAUUUGGAAAUAAACGUGAAACCACACCAUGAUUGCACUCGCUGAGUUUGCAAUGAGAUUACCUACCUGAUGGGAACCUUGUCUUUUUUCGUUUUUUUCUGUUCAAGUGGCCUUAACAUUCAUUCUUGAAACACUUGCAGAGCGGUGGACAACAUAGGGAUGUUUCUGUUGUUUUUUUUUUUCUUGCGUUUUUGUUUUUGAAUCUGGGCAGUUUUUUGUGUUUAGGAGGUGGAGGCUCUAUUAUGUCAAGGCUUCUGUGCCUUAAAUUGUUGCCCUUUCAGUGUGUAUGAAAAAAUCCCCCCGAACAAAUUAUUCCCAUUUAUGCAGGUUUUAUAGGAAUAGUUCACCCGAAAAUGAAAAUUCUGUCAUCAUUUACUCACCGUCAUGUUGUAUGGAGCAUGAGAGUGAGUAAAUGAUGACAGAAUUUACCAUGUUUGGGUGAACUAUCACAUUAACAUUAAAGGAGCUCUGGUAGAAUAUUGUCUGUUUUAUGGUUUGUUAAAAGUGUUCAGUACUUUCUGGAAGUCGGACAAAAUGGCUUUCAGAUUCCAUCAGUGCGUUCCUUUUUUCUUUAAAUACAUCCCUUGAACCCUACUGUCCUACAAAGAAGCUGAAAAGCAACAAAUUUAUUUGAAAAAAGGUUUCAACUGCAGUGAUACAGCAACAAAGUGCCCUAGCUCUCGAUUGAGGCGUCCUUUAAGGACACGUGACAUCAUGCACUUCCCUUCUUCUCAGAUAAAUGAUUUCAAUGUUCUCCCUUCCCCCUAAAAAAAAACCAAACAAACAAAAAAAAAAAAAAAAAAAAAAUGCAUUAUUUAAUUUUUAGAUAUGUAUGAAAUAUACUCUGUGUGUGCCUCACCUAUAUGUAAAACAGUAAAAAAAAAAAAAAAAAAAAAAAAAAUUAAAAGCAUAGGAGAUGAUCUGCUUUUUAGGAUGGGGCAAUUAAGGAGGGCGGAGGGAGGGAAGGGGCAUUUCAAUAGUUUGUUGGAGUUCUGAUCACAUCAUUUGAGUUGCCUGUUAUUUCUUGUAGCCAAUGAAAACUGAUUACAAGAGUCGAUUUAAAAAAAAAAAAAAAAAAACUAUUUACAAUGUUCUAGCUAUAGACCGGUGUAGCACAUGUGUGACUGUAUUAAUUUAUGAAACCAAAAUGGUAACUGUGAAUUAUGUAUUUCUUUGUGCAUUUUUUUUUUUUUUUUUAAUAGGGCGGAGGGCAGAAUAGGGCUUUGCUGUGCCCCGUUUUGUUUUUUUGUGGAAUAUAAUGGAAAUCAAGUAAAAAAAAAAAAAAAGGAAAAUAUCUAAAUAUAUUUUUUUCUUAAGCAAUACAUUUCAGUGUGACUUGUGAUAGGACAUUUUCUUUUUUUAGGUAAUAAAUUGAAAGAAAGAAAAAAAUCUGA